AUGAAUACUCCUGGCCAGUUACCCAUUGGACCUUGUAUAGGAUGCAGUACAGUCACAGAUCGACUUGUCGCAUCAGAUAGAAUCUUCCACAAUAUCCACAACCAAAAAUUGCGCGACAAAGAGCAAAAGUUGCGCGAAGCUGAAAAAAAAGUCCGCGAGUUAGAAGACCAAGUCGAAACCCUGACGAGAGAGGCAAACCUCAUGAAAACCAUUCCUCAAAAUCGGCGCCCAGAUACGAACUCACAAAGGUCUGGAGAGGAACUACUCAACAUUGGCAACGCCAUCGCAGACGCGCUUUUAUACCAAGAUAUUGCUGGGAAGUAUAAGCGGACGGACGUGGAAGUUUAUAAACGCAUGUACGCUGGUUUUCAUCCCGAUUUCGUCCUAGCCAGCAAGCACUGCACUCGCUUUCUCGACAUACUUAGUUGGCGUCGAACUAUGGCUUUCUUUUAUGAGCAGCCGUAUUAUGAGAAAGAAAAGUUUCAAUACACAGUCUUUGCGCGCCAGAGCCUGAAGAUGAAGGAUAAGCUGAGAAGAUGGUCUGGAGAGGAGUUUGAAAGAUACUUCAGAACAGAUGAGGACGGAGAAUGCGCAUACCAAGACAUGAAAGACGAAUACGAGAUAGAAUUGGAGAAGUAUCGCGAUUUUGUGAGGAGAGAUGGAAAGAAAGGUCUCGAAGGAUUUGUCGCGAAGCUUUGGUCAAAAUGA